AUGGCCUUUCACGCAUGCUUCCGUGGGUUUGUAUCUCGGUUUUGUAGCCUUCUUUUCAGCUUGUGACUUUGAGAUUAGGCUCACCACUCGCUUACUUCUUUGUUGCCAUGGCUCAACCUCACAGAGACUCAGUGAACAAGAGCAAAAGUUCACGUGAAUCACGUCCCGCUGACAUCAAAAAGAAAAGGUGGACAAUACAUGUAAGUGAACCCAGAUGCUAUUACACCAACAAGAACUGAUUCUUUCAUUGCAGCAGAAGAAGUUUAUGAUGACAAACUUGCGAUGAGGGAAGUUGAUGUUGCCUAUUCACGUAUUAUGCUCCUUGGCACAGCUGGUGUAGGGAAAACCAGCUUCAAGCGAGGCCUAAUGAAUGAGCAGUGGGACUGUAAAGCAGACAGCACUCUGGUUAGUGACAUUAACACGCUUCGACCUGUUGGACACGAGUGGCAUACACUGUCAAGGCGUAGCAAAUAUUGGAAGCUUGUUACGGAAGAUGAUGAAAUAGAUGAGUUAGCUCACCUUCUUGCUGCUGUUCACAAUGAUCCAGAUGCAUCUAUGAAAUUGCUUAGUACAGUAAAAGCACUUUCACUCUAUCGCUUAAAGCAAGAGUCUUCUAUAUCUGCCUCAAAAUUAUCCAAGGAUGAUAUACGCAAUAUUCAAGAGUCCAAAGUUAAUGUUUUCUUAUCAAAGGCAUUUGAACGUGCUCGGUGGAUUAAUAAUGCCAAAAUAAACCCACUUCCACUGCUUCAUGUAUGGGAUUGUGGAGGCCAGCCAGUUUUUCUGGAGAUUCUUCCAGCAUUCCUCACCUCUCGUUCAAUGUUUCUCCUUUUAUUUGACGCAUCUAAGAGUCUUAAUGAUAACUGGAAAUCAAUUUUGACAAAUAAUGGCACCCUGGUAGAGGAUGAAGUAGGCAAUACGACAACAAAAGAUCUUUUAUUUAGAUGGAUGGCUAAUAUUCAUCAUCAGCUUGCAAAGAAAGAUGAACUUGGAGGUCUUCGGGAUUAUCCUCGAAUGUAUUGCAUUGGUACCCAUAAGGAUAUAAUUAAAAGUAGCAAAAAAGCUGAAGAAGUCAGAAGCAUGCUGAAGGAAAGCUACAAAAGCAUGGCAUUUGCUCACUUGAUCCAGGAUACAUUAAUUGUCGAUAAUACAACAGCUGGCACGAGUGAAAAAGAAGACAGCAAUUUCAAGAUUGUUCGUGAUGAAAUUAGUAAUUUUACAUUUAGUAAGCUGUCAGUGAAAGCACCAUUGUGCUGGGUCCUUUUUAGAAAUGUUAUCCAGAUGCUAGAUACAAAAGUAAUUAGUCUAAAAGAAGCUCAUGCUAUAGGAGCUGCUUGUAAGAUUCCACAUAGUGAUGUCCCAAAAGCUCUACUUUUUUAUCAUGAUCUAGGAGCAAUUUUAUUCUAUCCUAACAUUGAAGGUCUUAAGGAAAAAGUUAUUGUCGAUCCAAAAUGGUUUGUGGAUAUGUUAGGAAGAAUCUUUACUCUCCAAGGAAGGGAAGAAUAUCAGACAGAAAGCAUGUGGACUCUACUACGAGAAAAAGGUAUCCUUGUUCAAGCUCUUUAUGUUGGUGUCUGGAGAGAAUGCAGUGGCAUACUGCCAAAUGAGUUUAUGGAUCUACUUAUUCAUUUUCGUCUCGCUGCUGAAGUCAAGACAAGGUUGUAUUAUGAUGAAAGCGCCAAGCAAUACUUUUUGCCUGCUGUACUCAAGUUUUAUGAUGGCAACCCUGAGCAGCAGAAAGGAGCCACAGCUGGAUACUUGGCUAGAGCGACCCCCCUACAUAUCACAUUCAGUGCCAAUUUUGUACCUCCAGGCUUUUUCACUCGUUUUAUCACUGCAUUAGCUGAAUCUCCUAUGUGUGAACUUAAUUUUGAUGAGGAAAUUUACAGAAAUCGCAUUAGUAUGAAGUUUGGGGAUCCAUGCAUUGACCACAUUGUACUCAUUGAUCUUGGAUACGCUAUACAAGUUGAAGUCAUGCGUUAUAUGCACACUGAGCAUAGUUCUUUCAGUGAUGUGUGCCAAUGCCUUCUGAGUUUAUUAAAUAAGUGUGGGCAAAAAGUUGACAACACUUUGAACACAAACUCUAUCACUUGCGAUGUCUCUUUCAAAAUAACCCGAGAAACAAAAUAUGUAUGCUCCUGUGAAGAAUGCAAGUCACUUUCUCUUCAUUACCUUGAGCCUGCAGUAGAAGGUCAAACAGCUGAUCUUCCACUUACAUGUCUAAAGCAAAAAAAGGCUCGGCGUUUAACACUAGAUGAAGCCUACUGGUUCAUUAAAAAAAAUAAAAAAGAAGAAUCAAAGCGAAUCUCCCAGCAAGAGAUGUAUGAUAUUUCAAAAAGAGUUGGAAAUGGAAACAAAGCAUUAGAGCUAGCAGCUGUUUUAGGAAUGUACGACAAGUAUAAGUGUCUUAAUGAUCCUACUUCAAAGAUAAAUCCUAUUCUACAAUUGCUUUAUGAUUGGGAUAUUGGAGGUGGUGAAAGAAUGUCUUUAGUUGCCUCACUUGCAAAAAAUUGGGUUAAAGCACCUCGCCAAAGAAGUAGAAAAGGCUAGUUAUGCUGAUAAUACCAAGUC